AUGUUGCGACCCGAUGAGGGCAAGUCCUGCGAUCGGACGGCAUCAGUUCGAUGGUUUUUUGACGAUCUCACACACUCGUGCCGUUCGUUUCUUUUCCGUGGUUGUGAUGGAAACCCGAACAAUUUCCCUGUGCGGCAAAUGUGCAUGGAAUAUUGCUCUAGACCAGAUGUUCCAUCCGCGUGCGCAAGGCGAGAGUGUUUGGCUCACACGAGGCGCACAUCGGGAAACAGCAGCUGA